UGUCCCCGUGUGUGCUGAUGUCACCCGGGGCUGCCUGUCCCCAAUAAAAGUCCUGACUGUGCUGGUGCACAGGGAGGGGGUCUCUACACCAGCUGCGGGUCCCACAGACAUGUCCUCUGCUCCAGCCCCCGUGUCCCAGGACCAGCCUCGUGGUACUGUAUGGCUCUGCCUCUUGCUCGUGCUGCCCUUCUGUGUCUCUGCCACCAUCACCAGCUCUGACACCGAUCCUGGCAUCAAGGUCUGGCUGACCCAGAGGACACUGGAGUUUGGCCGGCGCUUUGGGCUGGAGCUGCUCCAGUCGAUGCUGCAGAAGGAGCAUGAGCUGAACCUGACAGGUUCCUACAACACCCCGGUCCUGGGGACUCUCACCUAUGCUGUGCCCCGGAUUCACGUCCAUGAACUGCAGAUGAAUGAGUCCACGCUGGACUUUGCUGAGGAUGUGGGGGUGAGGCUGAUGGUGCAGCGUGCCCGAAUCCAGCUCAGCGCCGAGUGGGCAGCCCAGCUGGGCACCAUCCAGGACAGUGGCUCUGUGGAGCUCCGCAUGCAGGACCUGACCAUGGCAGCGGUGUUGGGGGUGAGCGACGAUGGCAGUGGCCACCCCACGGUUUGGAGCGCCGGCUGUGACACCCAGGGCACUGACCUGCACAUGGAGUUUCACCGUGGAUACAGCUGGCUCUACAACCUGCUGGCACCUCUGCUCCAGAGAACCCUGCUGCAGAAGCUGAACAAGCAGCUCUGCCUCGUGCUCCACAGAGGCAUAGACAGGCUGGACACUGUCCUGAAGCGCAUGAAAGUGUCCACCCAGCUGGACGCCUUUGCUGCCAUCGACCACUCCCUGCUGGGACCGCCGGCCUUCACAGAGGAGUACGGGGACAUUGCCCUCAAGGGAGAGAUCUUCAGGGUGGGCACGUCCCAGCAGAGACGCUCAGCACAGCCUGUAGUGCUGCCUGUGGCAUUACCCGUGGCACUGCCUGUGGCUUUGCCCACGUCCCUGCCCAAGACACUGCCCAUGGCACACGGGCCCACGCUGCUCUUGGCUGUCACCGAGGUUGUCGCCAACUCAGCCGCCUCCACCUACUUCACAGCCGGGGCCCUGCGCAGGAACUUCUCCAGUGACAUGCUCCCCCGGCAGUUCCCGCUCCAGCUGAGGACCAAGAGCAUGGAGGUUUUCUCCCCUGAGCUGCAGCAGCGCUAUCCAGACCAGCCCAUGGAGCUGCUCCUCUGGGCCCGCCAGCAGCCCCUGCUCUCCUGCCAUUCUGAUGCCUUGCACGGGACCCUCUUCAGCUCUGCCGAGGCCUUCGUGGUGCUGCCCAACGCCACCCGAGUCCCUGCCUUUCUGCUGAACAUCGAUGCCAACGUGACCGGGAAGCCAACAAUCACCAGGAACAGACUUGGGGGCACUGUGAGACUGACGGGGCUUCGUGUAACACAAGUGGCAUCAAAUGUGGGCCCAGUGGAGGUGAAGCGUCUGGAGACCCUGCUGAAGUUUGGGCUGUGGCUUUUUGGAGUUCCCCGGGCAAACAAGUGGCUCCAGGCUGGCAUCCCCCUGCCCCUCCCACAUGGCCUCAGCCUGCUCAGACCCCGGCUCUCGCUGCAGCAGGGCUUCGUGCUCAUCUCCACGGACCUGCAGUACGAGCCGUGAGACCACCUGCCUCGUGGGAACCCCAGCCCUGCCACUCGUGUCCCCAUCACCAUCCCGUGUCCAUCGUGCCCCCGUGGCUGGCAAAGCGCCCAACCGCGGGACCCCCAGACCCCCCAUCCUGGGCAGGGAUUAAAGCGGGAGCGUAGAUCAGCCCUGUGUGCUGUGGGGUGUCUCGGGGAGCCCCCUCAGCCGCAUCUUCCAUGCAGGGUCCCAUUCCCGAUUCCACCAUCGGGAGCUGUGUCCUCU